UGCCAGGGGAAGGCGAAGCGCUAACAAAGCCUGGUCCGGCCCCACCUCUCCUGUCCCUCGAGCCCAAAGCUGGUACCGCCUUUCCCCUCCCAGAUUCUGCGGCUUUCCCCAGCCCCACCAAGGGUGUGUGGGACUCCAUCUGUCCCUACACCUCCUUCCGCCUGAGGCCAGGCACAAGGUGUCGCCUCGUCCCCGACAGCUGACAGCCGGUUUGAGAGCGAGCCUCAGGUCAUCCAGUCAAUGCCUCAGACAGAUAAGCAAAUAUGCAUCCCCCCGGAGCUGCCGGAAUUGCUGAAGCAAUUCACCAAAGCCGCCAUUCGGACGCAGCCGCAGGAUCUCAUCCAGUGGGCGGCUGAUUAUUUUGGGGCUAUGUCUCGUGGAGAGAUCCCUCCAGUGAGAGAGCGGUCUGAGCGAGUGGCUUUGUCUAAUUGGGCAGAGCUUACACCUGAGCUGUUAAAGAUCUUGCAUUCUCGGGUUGCUGGCAGACUGAUAAUCCAUGCAGAUGAGCUGGCCCAGAUGUGGAAAGUGCUGAGUCUCCCAACAGAUCUGUUUAACAGUGUGAUGAACGUGGGUCGCUUCACGGAGGAGAUUGAGUGGCUGAAGUUUUUAGCUCUUGCUUGCAGUUCUCUUGGAGUUACCAUUGCCAAAACUCUCAAGAUAGUGUGCGAAGUGUUAUCAUCUGACCAUGACAGUGGACCUCCUCGGAUCCCAUUUAGCACCUUCCAGUUUCUCUACACAUAUAUUGCCGAAGUGGAUGGGGAGAUCUCUGCCUCACAUGUCAGCCGAAUGCUGAACUACAUUGAACAGGAAGUAAUUGGUCCUGAUGGUUUAAUCAAGGUCAAUGACUUUACCCAAAACCCCAGGGUUCGGCUGGAGUAAAAGCACAGUUUUGGCAAUUUUAAAGGAAGAUACAGAGAUGAUUGCGCUUCAGAAUGACUGAAACCAUGCGCCAUCCAAGGUCAAUUUUCUUGUACAACUGGUACACACUAAUAAACAAUUAGGCAAACAAACAAAA